AAUAGUCCAACUACCCCACCAAAAGCGCGCUCUUGGUUUUGGGAUGACGCGACUUCAAGUUCCAUCCAACAAACUCCCUACGGCCACCGUGCCAUACGCCAGAAUUGCAGCAAACUCGCCUCUAAAUCAGCCUAGCAUGUUCUAGAAUAAUCUACCUGGUGCAGGCUACCGAUAUACAUGCAGUCGCGCAUCUAGCACGUAGAGAAAGGACGAAAGACAAAAUAACAAAGCAACAAUGUCUCACCUCGCCUCAAACGCAGCAAUCUUCUCCCCCUCGGUCGCACGCGCCGCCGCCUCGACCGCAAAGGACUGGUCCUUUGUCGACGCUUGGCUGGCCUCCAAGUUCCGCCCCCGGCCGCCGCCGACGUUUGAGCGGAACUCGGACACGCUCCGCGCCCUGCUCGCCCUCGCGACCCUCAACGAGUCCGCCGACGACCAGCGCCGCCUCCUCGACCGCGUCGAGCGCUCCGCCCUGGCCGAGAUAGAAUUGCAACCGUCGUCAAAGUCACAGCGCGGACUACAGGAUCAAGGUAGCACAGCUCCCGCUGCUGAAAACAGCACCGAAGAGAGCAACGUCCGCGACGCCCUCCUCACCGCCCUAGAAGCCUCCCUCACCCGCGACGGCCGCGCCGCCCUCGAUGCCAUGGCCGCCGCAUCUACAGAGUUAGGCCUGGCAUCGCCCACGCCGGCAGCAAUCUCCGCGUCGCUGGUCUCCGUGGCUUCGCAGACGGCCGAUGUCAAGGCCGAUGCAGGCCGCGUGGCUACGCUCCGGCGGCACGCGGACGCCCAAAUCGCAGAGGCUGAGUCUCUGGCGGCCGAGGUGCAGGGCCCAGCGUAUCGGCCACCCGCCGACCUGGCCAAGCUGAACCUCGACACGCAGCGGCGUAUCAGGGGUCUCGAGGCCAAGGUCCCCGAGCUCCGCGACCGUGCCGCCGCGCUGGCCGCCGGCGUGCCGAGCUUGACGGUGGAGCAGGUGCGCGCAGAGGAGGAGGCCUACCUGGCGCUCUUACAGCAGAAGAAGGAGCUUGACGCCCGCGUGAGGGUGUUUCAGGGCCUCCCGCCUGAUACCGCACAGGCCAGGCGCGAGCUCGAGAGCCGACGUGCUGAGCUGCAGCGGCUGACGCAGCGUCGUGAUGCCGUGUUCGAAGGCCUUGUCGAGCGAGAGACGCCACGCAAGCCUCGCUAAUCCGAGCAAGAGUGGGAAGAAGUACCGAUACCAGACUGUCCAACACGCUGUGUCGAAUUCAUGUGUGCUUCAAACUAGACCGCUAAAGUAAAGUACCGUAACCUGGAUCGCGCCGACCACAUGCAUAGAUGCUAUGUAAGGAGUCAAGACUGAAGUGAGAGAAAGGAAAAGAAAGAAAAGAAAAAAAGAAAGAAAGAAAAAACAAGAAAACCCUCGCUUCGGCUUGACGUACUAGGCUCUCGGAAUAAUUACGGCAUCUCACAGCCGAGACGGCAGUCACCAUCAACACUAUUGGCCCCGCUUUGCUCUCCCUCCACCAGCACCUCCAAACCUCCCGAAAACCGGGCGUCCCAGUCCGGAUCUAGGCUUCGUUUGCGCUGCGCUCGGCACGUCCUUCAGGGGAACAGGGGGUGGCUGCCGAGCGGCUUCCUUGCCCUUGGUGUCCAAGGGGCCCUCGGAUAUCCUCAGGUCACUAACGCCGCCGAGGCCUGGGCCAUCAUUGAGAUCGCCGGGACCCCCAGGCCGCUGCAGCCGUCUUGCUCGCUCCUGUACGCUGCGGAACUUUUCUAAAAGUUCACCCCAGCGGAUUAUCCCUUCUUCUCGGCCCUUCAGGCGGUUGGGCCUGUCAUAAUUGGUACCACCAGGUGUCGUCGUUCCGCUAAUUACAUUAGGGUGAGUGUAAGUAUCUAAUCCAUACUUUGAAGAGUUUCGUGGGGCAGCAGGUUGGAACGACUGCAUCGUCUCGACGACCGAGUUUUGCCGAGAGUGCACCGAACCUGAGUUAGUCGUGGAGGGCACAUACGGUCUGGGUGCAAUGUGCAGAUAACCAAUGGAGCUCACGCUGUUGAGCCGAUUUUUCAGAGCUGCAAAUGCCGAUGACUGAGGCAAGAGCAUCAGGAGCCCAAAAAGGCACUUGUAGAGGUGCGGGUACUUUUCGGGCUCCAGCAGUUGCAGGCGGAGGUCUAUGGUUGCGGUUGUGGUCAGAUAGGCAGCCUAGGAGCACUCCAAAGAGGCAGGGCGUACAAGACAUCCGAGGAUGGAGCUUGGCAGACUAACAUGUGAAGACGGGUGAUUCCAGCAGCUGUACAAGCUUGUCAAUCUGGAUGAGUAUGCUCACUGUCAUCUCAAGUUCGGCGCUACGGACCAAGACUGGUCAGCAAAGCACAACUUGGAAGACAACAAAAAAAAACACAUAUCCACGUAUACUGGUUGUUGGCAAUUAGUGUGUAGGAUGGGAGUACCCACAAGAUCUGCAAUAGGUUGUAGGCCUGUUCAUAAGCUUGGGCGAGUAAGCAGAGAGAAAAGGUAGCCACCGCAUUAUAGCACCAUGAUCGAAACAAUGCCACGAAAAAGGUUUGUCCGUCCUGAGUUCAGCUGCGUGUCAGUCCAUCUUCAAAUGUGAUCAAGUCAAGCCAACUCGGACAGGG